CGAACGGCUCACCACUACAGUACCUCCACAAACUCUAUACCAAAGGGACCCUAUCAUGAACCUCAAAUUACACUGCCACAUCUACAGCUCCUUCGAACUUGUUUCCAGAAACGAGGUACUUUUCAGAUGAAGUCGUAGGGUGUUUUACAUAGACCCAUGGUCCUAGGAGAUCUUCUAAUUAGAGAAACCCCAAUCAAAAGACUGGAUUAUAUGUGGAAUCAACCUUUUACUGUAUCUAUUAGCGCUGGGUUUCCGAGGAUGUAGCCAUUUUUACUCUUCCGGAGCUCAGCUUGAAGGCACGGUAGACAUCCAUGAACGUCUCUUGUCACUUUGGCCACACCGUAAUCAAGAAUCGAAAAACACCCCGUACCCUGCUUUAAGUUUAUCCCAAUAGCCCUAAGUCUGCGUACCAUGAGGAGCUGUACUUUGCCCCCACACCCUCAUCGGCCCUUUGCUUCCGUACAAGAGGGGAGGGUUUGAGCCCUCUGUGGUACAAACCACGAGGUCUUCGUCUUUUCUUUUACAAUUAGUUGUCUUCUUGCAGGCUUACGGCCCGGUCUAGUUGUAGCCAUUUCAUUCUGACCAGUCAAUCAUUCUAUCUUCUUGAGGAUAACUCGCAUAACCCACCUUCCUUCAGCUUGCCUUCUUCGAUUCGACUCAUUUUCUUGGAAGCGAGAUCUUGCAAGCGUUACAAUGCAUUACACGUCUCUUCUCUCACUUGGCGCCUGCUGUGGUACGGUUUUGUGCAAUUCAGAAGAGGUUCUGGCCAAGCACGAGGGUCAUGGAGGAAUUGACGGAUGGUUUACUGGCAAACGUGCCAAUGCAUUCUAUGGAAAUUGGGUAAACUAUACCAUGUAGCAAGUCAUCGAAGACGUUAUCACUAAGUGAUCCUCAGGAUAUUUACGCACGAAACUUCACUGUUACACAGAUUCCAGUUUCAAAGUUGACACAUAUUUCGUACGCUUUUUGUAAUAUCAGUACCACUACCGGGGAAGUGUAAGUCAAAGUAUGCGGAAUUUUGUACAAAUCAACUAAAUGGUUGCAGUGUUCUUAGCGAUGAAAACGCGGAUUUGCGAUUUGCAUACCCAGGGGAACCCAAGGGUCUAACCAAUGCGACUUCCUUAAAAAAUAUAUACGGCAAUGUUAAACAACUAUUCCUACUUAAGAAGAAGAAUCGAACCCUGAAGACGAUGUUAUCGGUCGGAGGAUAUUCGUUCUCCCCAUAUUGGUCUGCCAUGCUGGCGUCUGAACCGAAGAGAGCACGAUUUGCUUCAUCUGCUGUCAAGUUAAUGACUGAUCUUGGAUUCGAUGGCCUGGAUUACGACUAUGAAUAUGUUACAAAUGCUUCUCAAGCAGCGGACCUCAUUGAUCUCUUGAAGAAAACUCGUACUCUCAUGGACGAGCAUUCUCAAAAGAACAGUUUACCCCGGUUCUCACUUUCUUUCGACGGCCCUGCCGGUCCCGCAAAAUAUACACUCCUUGAUAUGAGAGGAAUGGAUAGAUAUCUAGACUUCUGGAACUUUAUGGUAGGUCAAAUCCAAUCAUCAGAAACCACACUUUCUAAAUUGACGUUUUUACAGGCUUUUGAUUACUCGGGAGGUUGGGAUACUAUCGCCGGUCACGCACAAAAUCUUUAUGGUGGAAACUCAAAAGGCGAUGGUAUUGCUACCCCCUUCAAUACAAGUACAGGCAUCAAUUACUAUAUCGAUAAUGGCAUUGCCCCAAGUAAAAUAAAUCUCGGGAAUCCGCUCUACGGCCACGCAUUCUUGAACACUACGGGACCAGGUCAGCGGUUUAAUGGCACCGGAAUUGGUAGCUUCGGAGAAGCGGGGGGAAAUUGGGACACGAAGGCUCUUCCCUUGAAAGCGAACUACUCAUCUGCUGAAGUCACCGAAUUAAAGGAUAUUGGAGCAAGCUAUAGCUACAGUGCUAAGGACAGGAUGAUGAUUAGCUUCGAUACGCCAGACAUUGCGAAAAUGAAAGCUCGAUAUGCCAUGAAGAAGGGCUUAGGUGGGGCUAUGUGGUGGGAGAUCUCGCAAGACAAGAGCGGUAAGGAUAGCUUGGUCGGCUCUUUCGUAGGAGAGCUUCGUGGAUUGGAGAAGAGUAUGAACAACUUGAAGUAUCCUACCAGCGUGUAUGAGAAUAUGAGGCUUGGCUUCCCUGACAAUUAAGAAGGAUCCAACUGCCCAAGAACAGAGACUAAAAUGAAAACUCACAAGGGCAAUGCCAAAAGAUAGGGGUAAGGAGGACUCGGCAAUUGUCAGGCGAAGCUUGGAAACGCAAACAGGAAUACUUAUCAUUGAUCGCCGUACACUCGAUAAUAGAAUAAAAUAAAUCAAAAGCUACUUGUAAUAGAAG